AUGAUAGUGAGAUUCAGCCGCAGACUAAUUAUUAAUGAUACCCUGGUUCUGUGCAGCACUCGCGUGAUCCCACUUGCACUCUCAAUUCCACUUUUGUUUCAACUUUCUACAACUGACUCCUUUUUAGAACACAUUCCUCGAGACCAGCACAAGAUAAUGUACAGACGAGUGGGGACACAUGUGACGCCUCUGCUCUGCUCAUGUUGCCUAAUACAAAGGAAAUGCGCUACCCAGGAUGGUGCAACCACCUUAUCUGUUGUGGAUCUCAAGACUAAGUACGAAGUCUUGAGGGCACAGCUUUGUGAAAGCAAGAAACAAAUUCAGCAACUUCAAUCGGAAAAUCUGUACACUGCUGCUUCGUGUGAAAAUAUUCGGAAGGCCACCCAGGAGCAAGCAAAGCAGGCGCAUAAUGACGCAGUAAGAUCUUUUGCACAGGAUAUGCUGGAUGUUUGCGAUGCCCUGCAAGUAGUUACAAGAAAAGUGGGGGAAUACAGACAGAGGAACUCUUCCAUCCCCCAAAGCGAAGCUUCGAUCCUCACUGGUGUGAUGCUCAUUGAGGAAGUGGCGCUGAAGGUUCUGAAGCGGUAUGGGGUGACACAAAUGAAUACCGUGGUUGGUGCCCCAUUUGACGAGGCGAAGGAAGAGAAGAUCUUUACAGUUCCAUCUACUCUUUCUCUUCAAGAAGGCAGUGUUGCUGAGAUUGUGAAAAAAGGUUACCACAUGAACGAGUCAGUUUUGCGGCGUGCGGAAGUUGGAUUGAGCGAGGACCCCUAA